AUGACUGUGUAUCUCGCAGCCUAUGGAGCAGAGCUCUCCUCAGAGGCUUGCAGGGAGCUGGGUUUCUCCAGCAAUCUCCUGUGUAGCUCUUGUGAUCUCCUGGGUCAGUUCAGUCUGAACCAGUUAGACCUUCCCUGCAGGCAAUGCUGUCAAGAGGAGGCUCAACUGGAGUCGAAGAAGCUUUACCCCGGAGCCAUCCUUGAGGUCUGUGGAUGAAAAUUGGGGAGGUUCCCUCAAGUCCAAGCUUUUGUCAGGAGUGACAAGCCAAAGAUGUUCAGGGGUCUUCAAGUCAAGUAUGUGAGAGGCUCAGACCCUGUACUAAAGCUGCUGGACGAUAGUGGGAACAUUGCUGAGGAACUCAGCAUCCUCAAGUGGAACACAGACAGCGUUGAGGAAUUUCUUAGUGAGAAGUUAGAACGAAUUUAGAGUCACAUUUUCAUGGUUUAAAUUUGUUUUUCUGUGUCCUUUAUUUGUUUAGCUCUUCAUCUGAAUUACAGGAUCACAAUUAUUUUUUUCUCUAUAAUGGACAUACUGUAAGUGGAACAUCCCUCUACAAUUUCACAUCUUUUCUUGUGUAGUUUCUGAAACAGAAUAUAUGUGUCUGGUUUAAAUUUAAGUGAUUGAUACAUAUUUGAUACAUAUUGUUUUUUAUUGAUGGUUUAGAUUUUUUUUACAUCAAAUGUCUGAAGUGAAUCUUGUUUGGAAAAGCUUAGUUUGUCUCCUCAGAAGCACAUGUUUGUGUAGAUUUGCACAUUAGUGAAGGCCUGACAGUAAACCAGUCGCUGGAAUGUGAGGCUUGAAGACCGUGUAACUCUCCAAGCAUGUUGUUAUGGUGGAAUCUUCAAGCUGUACCCCAGUAUGAGAUGGUUAAUUUUAUUCAUUAAAGUUUGUUAAAAAAAAUA